AUGAACUCUCUAAUUGCUUUCCUCUUUUCUAAUCUUGUUAUAUUUCUGAUUUUCGCCACCAUUGCUGCUUUUGAUGGUGGUAACGAGACCGAUUAUCAGGCGUUGUUGAAGUUCAAGUCUAUAAUCAGGAAUGAAGAAGCUCUAAGCUCAUGGAACACUUCCUUUCAUUUAUGUGAUUGGAGUGGUGUUAUAUGUGGGAAGCGCCACAGAAGAGUCACUGCUCUACUACUAAAGUCACAAGGCUUAGAAGGCUCCUUGUCUCCUCAUGUUGGGAACCUCAGCUUCCUUCAUCUGAUUUCUCUCACGAACAACAGCUUACAAGGAACCAUCCCUCAUGAACUCGGUCGUCUCUCCAGGCUACGUUUCCUCUAUCUUGGCUCUAACAAAUUCAAUGGGGUCAUUCCAACUAACAUGUCCCAUUGUUCUAACCUUGAAGAUCUUAGACUUAAUAAUAACAACCUAGUUGGAAGCAUACCUAAAGGGAUCGGUUUCCUCUCCAAACUUACUUAUUUUUUAUUUGAGUACAACAAGCUAACCGGUGGAAUACCGCCUGGCUUGGGAAAUCUAACAUCAAUCGAAUUGUUCAAUGCUGCAACCAAUCCAUUGGGUGGGAACAUUCCACACACCUUAGGCCAUUGGAAAAGCUUAACAACAUUAUACCUUGGUCUUUGUAGCUUAUCUGGAACCAUCCCUCAUUCCAUUUUUAACCUCUCACUCCUAACUGAACUUUCCUUUCGUGAUAAUCAGCUUACCGGUAGUCUUCCCUCGGCCUUAGAUGAAAUGCUCCCUCAUCUUCGGUACUUUCAAUUACAGGAUAACCAACUGACCGGAUCUCUUCCACCAUCGAUAUCUAAUUGUUCUAAAUUAGAAUUUCUUGAAGUGCGUGGCAACGGUUUUAAUGGAAAGUUGAGAAUCGACUUUUCAAAACUAAAAGAUAUCUAUCAGAUAAACAUUGAUGAUAACACCUACGGAUUCGGAGAAGCUGAUGAUAUGAAGUUUAUUGAUACUUUGAGAAAUUGCAGUAGAUUAAAGCGUUUAGAUCUUCGUAAUUGCAGGUUUAAAGGAGUGCUGCCCACCUCAAUUGGUAAUCUUUCUGAUAACCUCAGUUUUUUUAUUAUACAAGAAAAUGAAUUUUAUGGAAACCUCCCUUCAAGUAUCGGUAAUCUAUUCGGCCUGACCGGUUUAGGUUUAUCAAGAAACCGAUUCACAGGAAAAUCCCCUCCGCCAUUGGUCAGCUUCAAAUGCUAUAAAUAG